AUGUUUUCCACUUUCAAUCACUUUUUUUUUCUCCCAGUCCUCCUCACAAGGCGCUCUUUAAGCUCCGGUGUUGCCACACAGAGCAGCCAUUCAUCGGCUCUACAGUCAGCCACACACACUCCCAUGUUGAACCACUGGACAUCUAAAUUGGUGUAGGCUAACUGCUUUUGCUGAAACGGAUUUCCAGGCGACGAAGGACAGGAUUUGGACACCUUUACGCGGCACUAUGGCUUUGCCCGAGAAGAGUCAGCAAUAACUGGGAUCUUCGUAGACUCCAGACAUCUUAUUAAAUUUAACGAAUCAAUUACACUGAAUCGUUUGAACUCUCUCUAAAAACAAUUUUGCAUUCGCGGGUUUUCUUGCCAUCAGUUGAAAGGUUGUUGUUUUUUUUAAAAAUGUCCGGAGAGGAGCACAGCCUGUCCGAGGCGGAACUGAGUCCGGGAGGGUCAGACGACGGUCACUCACUGUCACCGACUCAACCCGGAGCACCAACCCGCCAGGACUCACCUCUGACCGGGCCGCCGCAGCAGCUGACCUCGCUCUGUGUCGCGGAUGGCAGCGAGGAGGAUGGAGGCGAUACAGCCAAAUCGGAGAUUGAGGACGAUCGCUUCCCGAUCGGCAUAAGGGAGGCGGUCAGUCAGGUGCUGGACGGAUACGACUGGACUCUUGUGCCUAUGCCGGUGCGCGUCAACAACGGAAACAAAGCUAAGCCCCACGUAAAGAGGCCCAUGAACGCUUUCAUGGUGUGGGCGCAAGCGGCGAGGAGGAAAUUGGCCGACCAGUACCCUCACCUGCACAACGCGGAGCUCAGCAAGACCCUGGGCAAACUGUGGAGGCUGCUGAACGAGAGCGACAAGAGGCCAUUCAUCGAGGAGGCGGAGAGGCUGAGAAAACAGCACAAGAAGGACUACCCGGAGUACAAGUACCAGCCACGAAGACGCAAAAACGGUAAACUAGCUACUGCUAGUGAGUCUGAUAGCCAGGGGGAAGGGGAGGCCAGCCACUCCCAGUCACACUACAAGACCCUUCAUCUGGAUCACAAUGGCGGGGCUGGUUCUCCCCUGGGUGACCUGCACCACCACCACCAUCACCACCACCAUCCUGCUGGUCAGGGUCACAGCCCACCCACGCCCCCCACCACCCCAAAGACAGAGCUCCAGUCUGGGAAACUGUCAGAUGCCAAGAGGGAAGGGGGAGCAGGAGCGGCUGGAGGAUCAGGGGGUUCCAGGGGAGCUCUCGGGGUGGGAGCUGAAGGAGGAUCUGGUGGUCCGUCAUCAUCAAGUGCUAAACCCCACAUCGACUUUGGCACCAUGGACAUCGGCGAGAUAAGCCACGAGGUGAUGUCCAACAUUGAGCCGUUUGACGUAAAUGAGUUUGACCAAUACCUUCCACCAAAUGGCCACCCGCAGAGUGGAACCGGAGUGUCAGCAGCUGGAUCCUCUGCCUCGUCAUACGCCUAUGCACUGGCUGCUGCCAGCGGGCACUCCGCGUGGCUCUCCAAACAGCAGCAGCAGCCUCAAGCCUCUCCGUCUUCCUCCGACCCCUCCAAGGCCCAGAUCAAGAGUGAGUCUGUGGCCGGGAGCCACUACGCAGAGGCCUCGUCCUCUCCCUCGUCAGGCACCCAUGUCACCUACACCCCGCUCAGCCUCCCACAUUAUGGCUCCGCUUUCCCUUCGCUGGCCUCUAGGGCUCAGUUCGAGUAUGCAGAGCACCAGGCCCCUGGGGCGUACUAUGCCCACUCCAGCCAGGCCCCAGGGCUGUACUCAGCCUUCUCCUACAUGGGCCCUACACAGAGGCCUCUGUACACUACCAUAGGAGACCCCUCCAGCGUGGCCCCCUCUCACAGCCCCACGCACUGGGAGCAGCCUGUUUACACCACACUCACAAGACCUUGAGGGAGACCAGCUGAGCAGAGGGAAUAUAUGGGAAAUGUGUGAGUGGAUCUGUGUGUGUGUACAUGUAUGUGUGUGUGUGUGUGUGUGUGUGUGUGUGUGUGUGCCCGUGCCAUAUUGAUGUUAUAUUAGAGGUUUUUACUUUUUUAGUCAACAUAAUGCAAGAUGCAUCCACGGGGCCUUACACAGUUAAAAACAGCCACAAAUUCACACAAUAUAAAGUGUGAAAGAUGGAUGGGUCAACUGCCAAUCAAUUAAAUAAACCUUAACAAAUGUGUGCCAUCAUAAAUGUAUAAGUUGGGAUGUACAGCAAGUUUUUAUACAAGAGGUAAACGAGUGAGACACUGAGAGUGAACAGAUGUUGCAUUGAUGAGUGACUCUGAUUUGACCCAGACAAGACAGGUUCAGACAUAAUCAGAUUUGAUUAACCAAACUAAAGCAGAUGUUUUUUGAUGUUAUUGUGUUAUUUUAUAUGAGUAGUAAGUUUAUUGUCAUUGUUGAUAUCCUCGGGUGUAACUUUAUUGUGACUGAUUUGAUAUUACACUAAUAGCCUACAUCUGCACCACUGCUUUGGGAAAAGCAUGUUUUGUUUUCAGUAAGAUGUUCCCUGGGGUUGUUUUUCUUCGUGGCCAGAAAAGGAAAGUUGCAACCUUUUUUUGUUUGUAGAUAGCACCCUCUGUAUUUCUGUUCUUUAAUUACAUUGACGUCACU